UUGAGCCUCGGAGGGCUCGGUAGGCGAUCCACUGUGAUUUUGAUACAAUUGGUGGUGUUGACAAUGACACCACGGUGAUGGUGACAGCGGCCCGAGUUGUGAGGAAAGUUUUAAAUGCCCGUGGAGAGCUCGGGCGGAGGCGAGAGCGUUCAUCGCACCACGAGCCGACGGUUGUAAACAAACAAGCUUUCGGCGAAGGUACCAUAAAAGGCGGAAGUGAUGAAUCAUGGCCUCGGUGAAGGUGGCGGUGCGGCUGAGACCAAUGAACCUGAGAGAAAAAGAUUUGGAUGCCAAAUGUAUCAUACACAUGGAAGGGAACAAGACAACAAUCACAAACUUGAAGAUUCCAGAAGGAAGUUCAGGUGAUUCUGGGCGAGAGAGGAUAAAAACAUUUACUUAUGACCAUUCUUAUUGUUCCGUUGAUUGCAGAAGUCCCAAGUUUGUUUCACAAGAAAAGAUAUUUAAAGAUCUUGGCACUGAUGUCCUUAAAGCUGCCUUUCAAGGCUACAAUGCGUGUAUUUUUGCAUAUGGUCAGACUGGAUCUGGUAAAUCGUAUACAAUGAUGGGAAACCCGGAAGAUGUAGGCUUGAUACCUCGAAUUUGCCAAGGGCUAUAUGACAGAAUUUCUCAGAAGUCUAAUUGGGACGAAGCUUCAUUUCGUACAGAAGUUAGCUACCUGGAGAUUUAUAAUGAACGGGUAAGGGAUCUGCUCAGGAGAAAGUCAACCAAAACAUACAAUUUAAGAGUGAGGGAGCAUCCAAAGGAAGGGCCAUAUGUUGAGGAUCUGUCAAAGCAUUUGGUGCAGAAUUACAGUGAUGUGGAAGAGCUAAUGGAAGCUGGAAAUAUCAAUCGAACGACUGCUGCGACAGGGAUGAAUGAUGUCAGCAGUCGAUCCCAUGCCAUCUUCACCAUCAACUUCACUCAAGCCAAAUUUGAUGCUGAAAUGCCUUGUGAAACAAUUAGCAAGAUCCAUUUGGUUGACCUUGCAGGAAGUGAAAGAGCUGAUGCCACAGGUGCAACUGGAGUAAGGUUGAAAGAAGGAGGGAAUAUAAAUAAGUCUUUAGUCACACUUGGAAAUGUAAUUUCUGCUUUGGCUGACUUAUCUCAAGAUGGGGUGAAUUCUCAAACAAAGAAGAAACAAGUGUUUGUGCCUUACAGAGACUCUGUUUUGACCUGGUUAUUGAAAGACAGCCUUGGUGGAAACUCAAAAACAAUUAUGAUUGCCACCAUUUCACCAGCAGAUGUCAAUUAUGGAGAAACACUGAGUACACUUCGCUAUGCAAACAGAGCCAAAAACAUCAUUAACAAGCCUACUAUUAAUGAAGAUUCUAAUGUCAAGCUUAUUCGUGAGUUGCGUGCUGAAAUUGCACGGCUAAAAGCUUUACUUGCUCAGGGGAAUCAGAUUGCAUUGUUGGAUUCUCCAACUGCUUUGAGCAUGGAGGAGAAGCUGCAUCAAAAUGAAGCGAGGGUUGAAGAGUUAACUAAAGAAUGGACAAAUAAAUGGAACGAAACUCAAAAUAUCCUUAAGGAAGAAACCUUAGCUCUUCGAAAAGAAGGAAUCGGUGUAGUUUUGGAUUCUGAAUUACCUCAUUUGAUUGGCAUUGAUGAUGACUUGCUUAGUACAGGAAUUAUUUUGUACCAUCUCAAGGAGGGCAAGACGUAUGUUGGGCGAGAAGAUGCCGCUACUGAGCAAGAUAUUGUGCUCCAUGGACUUGAUUUAGAAAGUGAACACUGCAUUUUUGAAAAUCUGAAUAACAGAGUAACUGUAAUUCCACUGAAUGGUGCACAGUGUUCAGUCAAUGGAAAUCCUAUUAAUGAGCCUACUCAAUUAAACCAAGGAGCUGUCAUAUUGCUGGGAAGAACCAAUAUGUUCAGGUUUAAUCAUCCUAAAGAAGCCGCUAAACUCAGGGAGAAAAGGAAGAGUGGAUUGCUGUCUACCUUUAGUUUGUCCAUGACUGACCUGUCCAAAUCAUGUGAAAGUCUUUCCACUGUCAUGCUUUACAACCCAGGACUUGAGUUUGAGAGACAACAGCGAGAAGAACUGGAAAAACUGGAAAGCAAGAGGCGACUAAUUGAAGAAAUGGAAGAAAAACAGCAAACAGAAAAAUCAGAACUAGAAAGGUUGCAGCAAGAGGUGGAGUCACAACGCAAAGAGACUGAAAUUGUGAAGCUUCGCAUCAGAAAACAGGAAGAAAGUCUGAAACGCAGAAAUUUAGACAUUGAAAGUAGACUUAAAGAUUUGAUUGCUGAAAAGGAAAAAUUUGAAGAAGAACGGCAAAGAGAACAACUGGAAAUUGAACUGCAAAAGCAAAAACAAGAAGAGGAAAUUUAUAUACGGGUUCAAAAAGAAUUACAGAAAUUACAGGAACUCCAUAAGCAAGAGAAAGCAGGUAAACUGGAAAUUCUCCGAGAACUGGAGAAGCUUAAAAAAGAGAAGGAUGAACAUAACCUGAAACUGGAACUAGCAAAGAGAAGGCUUGAAGAAGAAGCAAAAGAUCAACAGUCACUUGUUACACGACUGGGAGAACAGCUCAGAGAAAAACAGGAAACUAUCCAACUGCUCAAACAAGAUGAUGUGCAAAGCAUUGAUGAAGAAAAAAACAUCUUGGAAGAAAUUAGAGAAGUUUUUCUUAAAGCUAAGGAAGCUAGGCCUACUGAAGGCGAAGAGCCUGAAGAUGUUCAAAGAGCAAAGCAAAGAUAUUUGGAUCUGAAGAAAAUACAGCUGGAAAAAUUCACAGCAUUGGAAGAAGAUGCCUUUUGUCAAAAAGAGUUUCUAGAAAAGGAAAUUAUGAUGGAGCGUGAAGUUCUUGACCAGCUAAGGCAUAUGCAGCAAGACUCUGUAAAAGUUCUUCAUAAAGCUGGUGCAAGUAAUGCUUUAGAUUCAGGCGAAAUGAUUGGAGCAUUAGAAAAAGAAAAAGAGGUUGCGCAAAGGUUGCUGAACAAAGAACGACAACUUGAUUAUUUGUUGGAAAACCAUUUGCCUUCACUGACGGAAGAAAAGCAGAGAGCUGCAGAUAUCCUUGACCAAGGUCUUCCUAGUUUGGAUGUUGUACUUUACCAGACAGAGAAGGAAAUCGAAGAAAAAAGGGAGCAAUUAGCACAGUACAGAGCUAGCACAGAUCAGCUGCAGCAACUCCAGCAAACUUACGAAUUUACUGCUAAUAUAGCUCGACAAGAGGAAAAGGUUCGAAUGAAAGAGAAAGAGAUAAUUGAAUCACGAGAAAAACAACAGAGGGAGGCACUAGAGCAAGCUGUAGCCAAGUUAGAGAGGAGACAUUCUGCUCUUCAACGUCAUUCAGCCAUUGAACUUGUGAUUGAAGAACAGAAGCAAAAACUAGCAACAUUAAAUAGCUGUGAAGAAACAGAUCUUCGCAAUAGUCUGGAGGCAGAACAGAAAGCACUGGAACAAGACAGAGAAAGGCUAGAACAAGAAAUUCAGCAGCUGAAGCAGAAACUUUGUGAAAAUGAUAUGGUUCUAAGGGUUUGUGGAACUCAGGAAGAGAAAUCAUCCCUUGCCAGUCCUGCAAGUCCUAAAAGAUCUCCAUUGGUUAUGAUGCCAAUAGCUGAUGAUAGACUAAAUGCAUAUAUUGAAGAAGAAGUUCAGCGGCGACUAGCAGAAAAAGCAAAAUUACAAAACGGUCAUGAAAUAACUGAUGCGACUGACCUCUCCCUUUCAAUGGAGCAGGAACAUGGGAACCAGAAUAAUAUAAACCAGCGCAAGCUGAAAUAUGAGCAGCUCCUCCUUGCUCGAUCACUGGAUAUUAGUCCAAACAACCUAAAGGAUCCUAUUAAAAUUAGUAUACCCCGGUAUGUCUUGCGUGGACAAGGGAAAGAUGAGCACUAUGAGUUUGAGGUGAAGAUAACUAUUUUGGAUGAAACCUGGACAGUGUUUCGACGUUACAGCCGCUUCAGGGAACUGCACAGAACAAUGAAGAUGAAAUAUCCAGAGAUCGGCAGCCUACAGUUUCCACCUAAAAAGAUAUUUGGUAACCGGGAUGAAAGAGUAAUUGCUGAGAGACAAUCCCAUUUAGAGAAAUACCUCAGGAACUUUCUCACAUUGAUUUUGAAGUCUCCAACUUCACCUUUGAACCUAUACAAGGAGGAUUUUACACUAUCCAAGCACACCCUAUGUGAGUUUACACCGUUCUUCAAGAAAGGAGUUUUUGACUUCAGUAGUCAUGGGACUGGAUAAAUAAAUAAGACAAUGUGCAAAUCUUAAAGUACUAGGACCAAAAGCAGUGCCUUUUCUAUAUCCAACUAAUUCAUCUAAAUAUGCAGAAAUAUUAUUUUAUGAAGAGCAUGUCUGGUUUCCUUUUUAUUUAAUAUUGGAAAGUACCAUUAUAUAGUUAAAAAUAAUGUGCAUGUACAGUUAAUAAACUCCUUUUCACUAUAUUCCUGCAUAGUCCUCUGAGAAACUCUCCAGCAACUAAAUGCAGAGGCUUACAUUGUAAAUAUUUGCACUAAACCUGUUAAAAAUGAUUGUGCCUCAGUUCUACUGUUUACCUAGAUUACACUUAAAGAACACCGAGAUUCUUUCAUUAUAAUUAUUACUAAAUAAUAGAUUCUAACCUCACCAACAUUUAGAGUUCAACUUCAAGAUAAUUUUUGUUCAGAAAUGACAUUACAUGUUCAUUAGUUUUGUAGUGACAUUUCUAUACAAAAUAAAAGAUUGAUUUUGUGUCCAUUGGAUUAAAAAUAAAAACAACUGUUCUAAGCAUGUGCAACUGUGGGUGUUAACAGCGGUGUUAUAUAAUACAUGUUUUCCUUCCACUUCUGGUGCUUUCUAUUUGAUCCUCCCAAAAAAGUGGUAAUGUUGAAGUAAGUAGAGAGCUCACCUUGACAUGAAUCCAUCGUCUUUGCAACUAUAGUAAUGAAGCAAUCUCUUGAUUCAGCAACCAGUGUCCUAAAUUGUCCACCUGUAGCCAAGCAUUUGUUACACUGAGUUUGCAUUACAUUUCAAAAAACAUGCAUGUUAAAACAGAUUUUCCAGUACUUAAACUUCAUCACAAAAUAAGUAUAGUUGUAAGUGUAAAUUUUUACACUCAUUUAGCACUAUGUAUAAUUGCUUCAUUUAAAAUUACUGCAGAUGCAGAUAAGUUUCAGCAGUUUUUAUAUAUUUCGAAUUAUCAGGUCUGGUAGUUGUAGUGGUAUGAGUACUGCAAAUGUUGUUACUUUGUUAUUUUUCCUCCUGUUAAAAAUCCAGCACGAUUUUUAAUAGUUACAGAUUAUGCAGAAAUUAACAAUCAUACCUGCACAGUCAGCAUAAUUUAAAAACCAAUCUGAUCCUUUGGACGUAUAAUAUUACUUCAAUUUAAAACUUGAUUAUAGUUAAACUUCCGUUCAAUAAUAUCUAACAUGAGAGAUUUAUAUGACUGGGACAGUAUUACUUGACAAAUAUAAGCACAAUAUAAUACAUUUUUUAAAUCACGUUUGAACUCAUUAAGCAAAGCUACAGAAUACACAUUUCUAAGAUCAGACAGCAAAAUUGAUUUGAGGGUUCAGGUUGAAUAGCCUUGCAGUAGAGCUAAAAAAUUGAACCAUGUCAGCAGUAAGUUAAGCCUUUGAUUCUGUACUUCCUAACUUGUUCUCCAGCUACAAUACAAUGCCAAACCAUUUCUCUCUUUUAGUUAAAUGUAAAUUUGACAGUGUGAUAGCUGCUGACAUUCCCCACAGCUUUAAUCAACGACACACAUUUAUUUGUAUUAUACCUUUUAAAGUGGGAAAAUGGCUCAAGGCACUGAACCUGAAGACACUUGCCAAGAUAUUUCCUUCAGUGAGUUUGCAGCAAUCCAUUCUACGGCAUUGCUAUGAUGCCCUGUAGGCCAGGAUAAGUCACAGCGAAACUGAAGCUCAAGCAAAACAAGUUUGAAUGGAAGGGAAUAGAUACAAACUAACAAAAAUGGAAAAAGGGAGCUCAUACAGUAGAUUUGCUAGCCAUCUUCCCUCCACUGGUAAUUUUCUGCACCGCACCACAUUAUAGAAUCUAGUUGUCUGCCCUCACAACUAACUGGACCUGGGGCAAUGCACUGAGGUAGGUCCACCCACAGGAUACCCAUAUUAACCUUGGAGAAAAGCUGAAACUUCUUUUCCGAAAAUAUUUGAAUACUAUUAAAAAUGAAGAAAGUAAUUUUUAGUAAGCAACCUGCAUUUCUGCCCUGUCCUCCACAUUGAAAUUACAGGCCAGGUUCAGGCAUAAGAUCAGGUGUUGUUUCCCCAUUACAAUACUAACAAUAAUAGCCAGAACAAUUCAAUGGAAUGUGUUGACAUAAUUAAACUGGUGUUCUUGUCCUGUAUAUUACUCCGUUCAGAAAGGUUCAUACUCCAGCAUCUUAGUGUCUUUGAAUCCUUAAUCAUGUAACAUUUUCACACUUAUUUGAAACACUAAUUAAUCUGGUUAUUCUUAGAUAUUAUUCUUCACGAUUUUUUUAGUUCUCCUGUUGCCUAGUUAGUUGCUGGGGAUAUUUACUUAGUGGAUCUGAGGCCACAAUCUAUGCAUUUUUAUUAGAGGCAACAUGCCAAAGUCUGAAAUAAUUUGACUAAAAUUAUUAUUUGCAAAGAAUGUCAUUUCCCUCACCACUUGGUCCAAAAAUAGGCACAAAUAUACAGUGGCAUGCAAAAGUUUGGGCACCCUUCAUGGUCAGUACUUAAUAACACUCCCCUUGGCAAGCAUCACAGCUUGUAAAUGCUUUCUGUAGCCAGAUAAGAGUCUUUCAAUUCUUGUUUGGGAGAUUUUUGUCCAUUCUUCCUUGCAAAAGGCUUCUAGUUCUGAGAGAUUCUUGGGCCAUCUUGCAUGCACUUCUCUUUUGAGGUCUAUCCACAGAUUUUCGAUGAUGGUUGGGUCGGGCGACUGUGAGGGCCGUGGCAAAACCUUCAGCUUGCACCUCUUGAGAUAGUUCAUUGUGGAUUUUGAGGUGUGCUUAGGAUCAUUAUCCUGUUGCAGAAGCCAUCCUCUUCUUAUCUUCAACUUUUUUUUUACAAACGGUGUGAUGUUUGCUUCCAGAAUUUGGUGAUAUUUAGUUGAAUUCAUUCUUCCCUCUACCAGUGAAAUGUUCUCCAUGCCACUGGCUGCAACACAAGCCCAAAGCAUGAUCGAUCCAUCCCUGUGCUUAACAGUUGGAGAGGUGUCCUUUUCAUGAAAUUCUGCACCUUUUUUUCUCCAAACAUACCUUUGUCAUUGCAGUCAAACUACUUUAACUUCAUCAGUCCACAGGACUUGUUUCCAAAAUGCAUCAGGCUUAUUUAGAUGUUCCUUUGCAAACAUGUGACACUGAAUUUUGUGGUGAGGACGCAAGGUUUUCUUCUGAUGACUCUUCCAUGAAGGUCAUAUUUGUGCAGGUGUUGCUGCACAGUAGAACAGUGCACCACCAUUCCAGAGUCUUCUAAAUCUUCCUGAAGGUCUUUUGCAGUCAAACGGGGUUUUGAUUUGCCUUUCUAGCAAUCCUGCGAGCAGUUCUCUCAGAAAGUUUUUUUGGUCUUCCAGACCUCAACUUGACCUCCACCAUUCCUGUUAACUGCCUUUUCUUAAUUACAUUGCGAACUGAGGAAAUGGCUACCUGAAAACACUUUGCUAUCUUCUUAUAACCUUCUCCUGCUUUGUGGGCAUCAUUUAUUUUAAUUUUCAGAGUGCAAGGCAGCUGCUUAGAGGAACCCAUGGUUGCUGAUUGUUGGGACAAGGUCUGAGGAAUCAGGGUAUUUAUAAAGAUUUGAAAUUUGCAUCACCUGGCCUUUCCUAACAAUGAUUGUGAAAGCCACAGCCCUAACAAGCUAAUUAAGGUCUGAGGUCUUGGUAAAAGUUACCUGAGAGCUCAAAUCUCUUGGGGUGUCCAAACAUUUGCAUGGUGCUCCUUUUUUUCACUCAAAUUGUACAAAACAAAAAAAUACACUAAUCUUGCUUAAAAUGUUGAAAAUGUUGAAAAUGUUUUAAUUUUAUGACUUCUGGAGAUCAGCUUAUCUUCUACUCACUUAACUAUUCACAGUAACAGAAAUUUUGACCAGGGGUACCCAAAUUUUUGCAUGCCAUUGUAUAUUCAGGCAAUGGUUGCUUCCUUGACACAUCAUAUGCUUUGCAAUAAUUCAGGUACUUAGAUAGUUUGUAUCAAAACAAAAUCUUCCUGUUGUGCAUGUUGCAGAAAGAAUUUAUCCUGGUAUGGAAUAAUAUUCAUGCUUGUUUAAACCACCACAAAAUCCAGGUCUAGGUGCCCAUUUGAAAAUUAUUGCUGUAAAUAAGAAAGGAGCAAUUCAUUCUAUAACAACUUGCAUCUGUAAAGUACUUUUAACAUGGUAAAGUGCUCCAGGUAUUCUAUAGAAGCAUUUUUUUAAUGUUGAAUGUUUGAAAGCACAAUUUAACUUUUGUCCAAGUAGAAUUUGUACUGGAAUCUGAAUCCAAAGGAAAUAAUAUUCACAUAAGGAAAAUUCUGCCCCAGGGAAGUCUGUUAAAUACAAGUUAUUUCCCAAUUUUUCUAAUGUCCUGAUUGUAAAGAGGAUGGUGGAAACAAGCCAAAGGUGUUUUUGAACUGAUUUCUUUUCCACUAUGUUGCAUACAACAAAUGAAUAGUGUGAUUCUGGUUUUGACAUGCUUUAUGCAACCAGAUUAGUGAAUAACUAUUGCUACUUAGAGGUUUUAUUUGAACAGAACUACACAGAACUGCUGCUUCACAGUACAUGUAGGUGGGGACAAUCAUGAUUUUUAAUAAACCAGUUAUACUGGUUUUAAUAUUUCUACUUGGUUACGGGGUAAACUUAAAAGUCUAGGAAACACUAUUUGUAUUUCCAAGUACAAUAUGUACAGUUUUGUAAGUUUUUUUUGUAGUAACUGGGAACGCAAUGCUACCAUGAUAUUCAAUGAUGUAAUUUGUACACAUUGUAAAUAAGCAUAAAUAAUGCAAAUUUCAGCCUGAUUCUGCACCUAAUUGUGUAAUCAUUUAUAAUUUAUAACUGCAUUGGAAGCACUUUGUGUAUGUUUUAUAGUGUUUUAAAAUUGCUAUUUGUAAAGUAAACUCACUGACCUCAAAUAAAAUGUUAAGGUGAACAGC